CGCAGUUCUAUGAUUCGAGCACGGUAUGCUCCUCGAAACUGUUAAAUUUCUACCUAGCUUAUCAAUUCUACUCCAUCUCGAGUCAUCUUUGAGUCAUUUUCCGUCAGCAUAUUAUCCCGGCAGAUCUCCUGACCGCAAAACUAUGAAGAAUUCGAGAAAGUGCGUUCAAAAGACUGGAGGCACUGGAGUAAGAAAACUGUCAAAGAAAACUACUACGUCUAUUCACAAAGCACAUGGAUGCGGUGUAAAUUUGUUGGAUGAAAAAGUUCACCGCUUACCUUUCAAGGAAGCUGGGGGAAUGGGCCAGGAGAUUUCUGCCAAAGAUACGUUUCUUAUGGAAAAGAGAAAAGCUCUCGACCUUUAUCCUGAAGAAAAAAGUAUUUCUUCUGGAAAGAUGAAGUUACAACUUUUUCCGAUAAAUAAAGGCACACAAAUAGGAUUGGAAAAGGGUGGACAUAAUCCUUAUUUGGAACUCACUCUUGGAGGUCAAAAGAAAAUUUCUUCAGUGCUGAAACACCUUAAAAAGAAAUGGGGAAGUUCAACAAUAGCUACAGGGGAGCCCAUGCUCUUUCCAUACUCUAAAAAGGAAAACCUGUCUACCAGUAGAAGAUGGACAUUGGAUGAUAGUGAUAUAACAGCAGCAGCAGUCUAUGCUGCCAUUGGAAGCCCUGCCAUUUUUCGUUUGAGGUAUGGUUGGUUCUCUACCAAUGACUUGAGAUCUAUGGCUGAGGCUUCGGUAUCAUUGUCUCUCGAGGCUGGCUUACUGUCUAAAUGUACACAUCGAGGUGGAAUUGCUCAUUCCAAGACUUUGAAUGAUGACCACAAUGAGGUAAAUAUAGUGCACAAAGCAACUGAUAUGGGUGAUGCAACAAAUGCAGUUGGGGCUCAGAAAAUGACCACUGUAUCAGGUUUAUCGCUGGAUAAUGAGCCAAUAAGUAGUGUGCCUGAACAACCGUCAUUACUCUGGGUUGAUGGUCUACCGAAUAUAAGCAUUGGAGGACUGCUUUCUGAAGCAUCCUUGCAGGGAAAGUCAAGCGUCUUAGAUUCGAAAUUAAAUGGAAGCAUUGCAGGCAUGCAACCAAGUCAAAUAAUCUCUGAUUCAUUGGAUGCUUUUAUUAUUUCCCAGAACGGUCAUCCUAAGGUAUCUACUGAAGAGUUACGCCCAUCUAUAUUGGAUGCUGAAGAAACGUGUCAUGCAUUUCCUCUUCGAAAGUUCUCUUCCCCAGGAACUCAUGCACAGUCUUCAACUGGAAAGGCUUGUUCUGGACCUGGCAGCCUGGAUAUUUCUAACUCACUCAAAUUGCCAGAUGCAGAAAAGGUUAAUAAUCAAGAUGGAUUGCCUCGAGAUUUGGCCUCCGAAAGGAAUGAGACAGAUUUGCUGCUUCUUUCUCGUGCAUACGAUGAAGAAAGAAGUCUUGGAUUAGGAGGCAUCAAUUGGUGCGACUCUUUGGGGCCGUUUGAUCUUGGAAUGCCAGCUCAGAAGUUUACUGGAGGAGACAGUGUUGGCAUCGGUGGAUUUGUUAGAUAGUGGCAUGGACGCAUAUGUUGGACGAUUAGCUUCACCACCUUGAAGAAGAUUGAUGCACAUUGAAGGAAAUGUACGUGAUAUAAACAGAAUCUGUAAAGACAAGGGGCCUGAUAUCAUUAUAGCAUAAAGAAUUAUAAUAGCCACAGCGAGUUAUCAGGUGACAAAUCAGAGCCCUUGAGAGUCUACUGUUUCGUUGUGAUUGCUUAUCUUCGCUUUGAUCCUAUAUUCUUUAAACAGAAGUCAACUUUUUUUUUUUUGGGUCAAUUGAACCGUAGUCAACUUCUUAGGAACUUACUUGUAAAUGUCGUAAUAAUUUAUUUUUUUAUACUUAUUAGCGAUGGUAUUGAUAUUGAACUUCUCAUCUAUUAACUAAACCAUCA